AUGGCUGCUCAAUUGCAUUGGACAAACAUCUGGACUUCUAUACUACACCAGGACUUCCUCUUCCUAUUCUUGUUCGUGUUCCGCUACCUGAGGUUUCUCGUCCACCUAGUUAGCUUCUUCCUUUACCGCCCAUCUCCUCCUCCUCUGUCUCCAUCACUGUCGGAAAGCGAUUGUACCGUUGUCAUUCCAACUUGCAGUCCCGAGGACCCAGCCUUUUGUCCAUGCGUGGAGUCAGUCGCGAGAGCAUCCCCUUCGGUCAUCCACAUUGUGGCAGUUGGCAAGAAGCAAGAGAAACAGGUAUGGACGACAAUAGGCCCAUUCAUCAAUCGCUUUCACAGUGUCUGCUUCAGAGUCUCAUCCAGUGCCCAGGCAAAUAAGCGACACCAGAUUGCAGCUGCACUGCCAGCAGUCAAGACUUCCAUCACGGUUCUAUGUGACGACCAUGUGAUUUGGCCUUCUGCAAAUAUACUACGCGCAGCACUCGCCCCAUUCGAAGCGGAUGCGCGGGUUGGCGGCGUGGGCACCAACAAACGUGUCGUUCACCGUUCGAACGCGGGCUUGUGGGAUGGGUUUUGGAACGUCAUGGGAGCCUUGUACCUCGAGCGACACAAUUUUGAGCACACGAGUUCCAACGCGGUCGACGGCGGCGUCGCCGUCAUCAGUGGCCGGACCUGUCUCUACCGGACUUGCAUCCUUCAAGACCCAGCGCUCCUGGCCAGGUACCUGGACGAGAGGUUCCUCUGGGGUCUCUGCGGCCCAUUGAACGCCGACGAUGACAACUUCCUCACCCGGGCCCUCGUCCAACGAGGCUUCAAGAUCAAGUUCCAGAACACCCCGGACGCGAUGAUCCUGUGUGACGUGGGUGAGUACCCCAAAUUCCUCAAGCAGUGUCUUCGCUGGGCGCGCACCACCUUCCGAAGCAACAUGUGCUCGCUGGUCACGGACCGCUCGGUGUUUCGAUCACAGCCAUGGGCAGUGUAUUCCCUCCAAAUCAGCCAGAUGGUCAACUUUGCCCUGUUCUACGACGCGGCCCUGGUGUGGGUGCUGACGCGGACGGGCUUCUACACCGCGGCCGCCAUGAGAAUGCUGGUCUUGUGGAUAUUGGUCUCGAAGCUUCCGAAACUGGUGCCUUAUUUUCUGCGGCAUCCGGCGGAUCUGGUCUAUCUCCCCGGCUGCUACGUCUUUGCGUAUUGCCAUUCCCUCAUCAAAUUCUGGGCACUGCUGACCUUUUGGGACACUCGCUGGUCUGGACGAAAUUUAGAGGACAUUGAUCGUGCUGCUGCUGCUGCUGCUGCUGCUGCUGUUGCUUCCUUUUCUUCUUCUGAAGAUGAAGGCGAAGGUGAAGAUAAAGACCAAGAUCCAGAUUGUCUCCCCGCCGUCACAGAUGAAGGAUAUGAAGGAUUUGCUCACGAGCUCAUUAGACCCAUCGACCGAAGCGGGCCUGUGAAGACACCUUGGGGCUCGGUGCGGGCGUCGAAUCUGCACGAAAUCCCAGCCAACAUCCUCCAGACCCAGCUCGUUGGCAACAAUAAUAACAACAACAACAACAACAACAACAACAGGCGAACGAAGGCCAAGACCGACAACUUCAAGAUGGGGCAACAAUCCCAAUCCCACGGCGAUGCGGGUCCGAAAUAUGAGUAG